AUGCGCUCGCUGAACGAGACCGCGUGCGCGGCGCUGCUCGACGACGUCCGCUGGGACGAGCCCGUCAGCCUCGCGAGCCUCGCCGUACUGGCGCUCAUUGACGUGCUAGUCAUAGCAGACACACAUAAUAUACGUUCGCUGAACGAGACCGCGUGCAAGGCGCUGCUCGACGACGUCCGCCUCCUCGCCGUACUGGGACUCAUUGAAGAGCUACUACACAGGUACGGCUGA